UUGGUCUUUGAUGAAAAUUGUCUUUUCUGCUGUUGAAAGAGAAAAAGUGAAGGAACACUUAGUCAGUCUGGAUGAGCCAGCUUUGGAAAUUGGGCACCAAGCUCUGCUUAGACAAGAGCAAGCAAAGAUCAUUCGGUUUGAGAGGCAAGCAGAAGAAUUCCUCCAUGCAGUCUUUUAUCGAAAAGACAGUCCUCGGGUCUCCGACCCUGACAUUCCCCUAGUGGCCCGCGAGAUCAUGCAGCGGAUGAUCCGGCAAUUUGCUGCAGAAUAUACCUCAAAAACUAGUUCUACUCAGGAUUCCAGCUCGCCCAAUAGCACAAAGAACCAAAGCCUGCUGAAAGCAUCUCCGGUUGCCUCAUCCCCUGCGGGUGCGACGGCUCAGAACCCUGUGCUCAGCAAACUUCUCAUGGCUGACCAGGACUCGCCCUUGGACCUCACUGUCAGAAAAUCUCAGUUGGAUCCUAGCGAACAAGACGGAGUACUUGAUCUGUCCACUAAGAAAAGCCCUUGUGCAGGCAGCACAUCCUUGAGCCUUUCACCUGGCUGCUCCACUGCUCCUGGGAAUGGGCGACCUGGGAGACCCAGCCAGCACCAUGCAGAGGGACUUCGGAGUGGUGAUGGGGUGCCCCCGAGAAGCUGGCAGGAUGGAACAAGGGAAGGGUCUGGCCACUCCACAUCUCUCAAAGUUCCAUUGGCUCGAUCGCUGCAGAUAAGCGAAGAACUGCUGAGCAGAAACCAGCACACUACACCUGCCAGCUAUGGGCCGUCUGGGUUGCAGAAUCACGGACAGCACAUGAUACUAUCCAGGGAGGCUUCUUGGGCAAAACCACACUACGAAUUCAACUUGACAAGAAUGAAAUUCAGGGGAAAUGGUGCACUCAGCAACAUCAGUGACCUUCCUUUUCUUACAGAAAACUCGGCCUUUCAAAAAAUGGCACUUCAAACUAAACAGGAUGGGAAAAAGGACAUGAGCCAUUCUACUCCUGUGGAUUUAAAGAUACCACAAGUUCGAGGCAUGGACCUUUCAUGGGAGUCCCGUUCUGGCGACCAGUAUAGCUAUAGCUCUUUGGUGAUGGGUUCACAAACGGAGAGCGCGCUUAGUAAAAAGUUAAGGGCUAUCCUUCCGAAACAAAACAGGAGGAGCUUGCUGGAUCCCGGACCGGAUUCCUGGGGCUCAGAUGCUGAGCAAUCUACCUCUGGACAGCCAUAUCCCACCUCUGAUCAGGAGGGAGAUCCUGGCUCUAAGCAACCUCGGAAGAAAAGAGGCAGAUACAGACAGUACAACAGUGAGAUAUUGGAGGAAGCAAUUUCUGUGGUGAUGAGUGGGAAAAUGAGCGUCUCCAAAGCUCAGAGUAUUUAUGGGAUUCCCCAUAGCACCCUGGAGUAUAAAGUGAAAGAGAGGCUGGGCACUUUGAAAAACCCUCCAAAGAAAAAAAUGAAAUUAAUGCGGUCGGAGGGACAGGAUGUCUCUGUAAAGCUUGAGAUAGAUCCCCAGGGAGAGGCAGCACAGAGUGCGAAUGAGUCAAAGGAUGAUUAGGGAUGUUGUUAGAGUGCCAAUUACAUAAUAAACUGGGUGAGCACUAUGGCAUUGUCAACUCCCACUUAUGUACCCAGUUCCUUUUCAGUUACUGGGUACAGGACAUGCUCCUUUGCAAUUCAGCAUACUUAUACGGACAGAGGGGAAAGGGUGCUCUGAAUGUUGCAUAUUUGUAAAUUUUAUGGCCCGAUAUGGCUUAGAGCCCUUUUUGUGUUCUGUUUUUGUUUUUGUUGUUUGGCCUUUUGCAUGUUUCUCUAAUAUUUUAUAGAGAAUUGAGUUACCUCACAAAGAAUGCAGACAUGGAAGUGGACUGCUUGCCUCUUGAGCCUGCAUGGACUUUCAGUUCUUUUAUUGGAUUUCUUUUUUUAAAAUAUGGCCUUUUAAAAAUCACUUUCUUGAACUCUUUACACAUCAAGUCUUUAGUUGAAGUCAAAAACAGGAUCAUUGCUUUAUAAUUAGAUUUUCAGAAUAUUUUCUUCUUGGAUCCAGCUGGUUCAAAAGAAAAUUUAAACUUUUUAAGAGUGGCUGGUUUUUUGGAUUCAGAGAUUGGUGGUUGGAUUCCUUGUCGGUUGGGUCUAAUUUGGAGCCAUUUUGUUUUAAAUUUAAACUCCUUUUACCAUUUGCAAUCUGCUUAGUGCUCACCCGGCGGGGUGGGUGGGAAAGGGAUAGGGGAACUUUAUAUACACUACCUUCAGAAUGCUUUGGUUAAUUCCUUUGGAACACUACCUUCACUGUAAUUUUGUUUGUUCUUUUAUAAAGGUGAGAGUCGGACUCACCUGAUCGAGGAUGUAGCCUUAUCUCCACAAACUCCUUGUAUUCAGGAGCAUCAGGGUACACUGAGUGAUAUACUAGGGUAUUCCUCUCUUUAACAGAAUAUGGCUUUUGUGGCCUACAUGCUUUUAACCGAUGGACUUCUGAAUUUGCUGAACUGUGUGUUUCCAACAAACUAGUUUAAGCAAAAAAUAAACAACCUCUUCUGAAGGUCAGGAAUACAUAUAACCUUGAUUUUAAAAUACCCACUAAUCUCUAAACACUACAACCUCAGUACUCUGCCUAAAUAGUCAUGUAAAUGAAGGAUCUAUGUUAAUGUUCAGGGAAGCAAUUUUUACAAAUCUUAAUAAAACCCAUGAUCAGAUCAUUCUGGUCUGGCUUAGGCUGGGCAUUACACUGUCAGGGUUGAACACCCAGUGGGUGUUUCCUUUUUAAAUACUAAAGUUGCCAGUAGCAGGAAAUCUUCUUGCAUAUUCUGAUUUAUUUUUCAUUUAUCCACUGUUGAUUGAAUAGUGGACUAGCACACAUUCAUGUAGGCAGAUCACCACUAGCACUCCUAAAUUGUUUUUAGUUACAGAGGCAUCAUUCUUCUAUUUCAAGCUUUAAAUAAAGCUCUCUGGAUUUGCAGCUUCACUGAAUCAGACUUGCUGGUUCUUCAGGUAGACAGACAAUUUAAUCUUAGCUGUGCAAAAGACUGAUAGGACUCCACUCUUCUGCUUUGCACAACCAAAUGAGGCAAUGGAAUUUGUAUGUGAGACAACAUUAAGCACUGUUCUUAUUUAGAUAUCUUACGUUAAUGACUGAACAUGGAUGCUAGGAUUCAUAGGAAGAAGGCCUGGAUAGCCCCAGGGCUGCUGCUUAAAUUUGGGGUCAAAUUAUUAAGUUGGCCUUCUUGACUGAUUGGUUGAAAUACAAUAGAUUGCUGGGAAGCAAAGGUUAGGCACACCAUUGCUGUCAUGUUAAAUAUGCACUUCUCAUUCUUGAGAAUGACUGGGCUUUUAGCCCUUAUAUACUUUGUACUACUGUUCUUAGAUAUUUUUUGUUUUGGUAGCUUAAUAUAUUUCCAUACUCAAAAAGCAGAGUUCCCUUAGCUAUCUAGUUGUCAUCUCAGUUCAGAAACCUGUUUGAAGUUCCAUAGCUAUAUAGAAACUCUGCAAUAUAAUCCAGUUUCACUGGAAAUUGCAAUAAAAAUGCACUCUUUUAAAUGUGUGGUUUCAUCUGCUAUUGAAAGUGUGGAAGAAGGUUUGCUGCAAGCUAGAAGUGUAACACUUGCAUUGAAUUUUACUUUCAGAGGUUUAACCUUUUGUGGCUAUUUUUAUUUAAGUGGUGUAUGAGUUGCGUUCUAUAAAAACCUUGUCAUAGUAUAUGUGGUGUGCUCAUUUUACUUAUCUAAAUAUUUUCUGUGUUUAUCAUUAAGUGGAUGACAAUCGUGCAGCAAAAAAAUGGUGUGCCUACCCUUUAAUGCUGCAGUUUGAAAAGAGAACUAAUUGUAUGUCAUUUCAAACCGUAGGUUGAGAACUGUAAAUAGGUAGUGAUAGUUGCAUACUCUUACUGCUUUGGUUAGAAAAUGAAUUAAACAACCAAACACUUAAUUUUCUCAGAUUAAAGUCCUGGGACCUGACGAUUGUAAGAUUCCUGUCUGCAGAGCUUUGUAAUAUAACACGUAGUAUCUGUGAUCUCUUCCUAUUCAGGUAAAAAAAAAUAUCCCACAAGCUUUGGAACAACCAUAUUUCCUCAAUCUCUGCUUAAAAAAAGGAUAAAGUAGGUUAUUUUUAAAGCACUAAUUGCAUUACUUUGGUAACUGCAAUAUAAAAUAGCCAUUAUUGUUUUGUGAAGCAUGGUUAAAAUUAGCUAGUUGUCCCUUUUUAAAAUUUCAAAAGCCUCUCAAAAAUAAACAAAAAAGCUGCUGAAUAUUCAAAAGAUAUAAAUAUAUCUAUAUUUUAUUGUAGGUUUUGUAAACUUAGUCUGUAAUAUUCAGGUGCACCUUUUUAAUGUUAAAUUUUUCUUUUAAAAUUUCAUCUCACCUGUUUUUCCCCCCAAGGUGGCUCAUUUUGUGGCUGUAUCUCACUCUAGAUUCCUAAAUGAACCACUGAAGACAGACUGCUGUGACAGGCACCGUUGGUGUAGCUUUGAGUAGUAUUUGGGAGCAUUUUACCUGUAGAAGAAAUGGAAUCAGUGUUUAUCCAUUAGCAUGUUUAAUUUUCUGCUAACCAGAAGUUUGCAUGGCCAAAAUCCCCAACUGACCAUAGUUUGAUGUGGGAAGAUGUGGUUUGCUGCUGUCUUUGUAAGAGAAGCCUUGUUUUCUCCUGUUUCCAGUAAAUGGAUGCUCGUGUAAACUUGUGCAAGAGAUAGGCUUUAGGCCUUGUUUUCCCUACUGUUUUUGAGGGCAUUUUAUAGGAAGAUAGCCAAGUGCAGUGCUUCAGAGAUGAUGUCAUGCAUAGGAAGAACAUCUGGGCAUUUUGAUCAGUUCUAUCAUAUGUGGAACCAGAGUUUGAUAGAAUUAUGGUAUAUCUGUGGUGGUGUUUGCAUCUGAAUGACAGAAAGAAAUUAUUAAAAUAUGCGUGGCAGCCUUGGCUUCUACAGACCAGGUAUCAUGAAGGAUAUAUUCUCCCUAUGCUCCCAGUCAAAAAGACUAAUGUGAAGAGUGUAUGUGUGUAAUGUUUAAAAUCAAAUUCACUAUCGUACUGGAAUAUAGAUGUUGCUUGGUGACCUUUUGCUGCAGCAGGUUAUACAGAUGAGUAAGGCUUAGUGUCGUAGGGGUACAAGUGUGGAGUUAAUUAUUGUACAGUUCUGUGGAGCGAGCCCAGUGUGUAGAAGAUGUAUCAGUUUUUUACUUGGGUCUGUAAAAUAUAAAAGUUCUUUCCUGAAAAUUCUGGAGAUCUGAUGAACUAUUACCUCUGUCAGCCAUUCUAGAACCUCAAUUCCAGUGCCCCGAGCCUUUUCCUUUUCACUACAGCUGUCAAAAAUAGAAGUUGUAGGGUUUGGGCUCUUGGCCUUAAUUUGUAAUAAAAGCCCCCACGUUCAUCAUAAGGAUUGAAAUACAGUUUCCCCAGGAGCCCUUAAGAUCCUAUACAUGUAUCAGCCCAGUGCACAAAGAAGAUUUCCUUUUCAUCUGGCUGGUCCCAGGACUGCUCUAUACUUCCUGCUGCUGUGCCUCCAAAAGAGGCUUAGUCUGAAUAAUAAAAAAAAAUUCUAAUGCAAAUUUGGAAUUAUUUUAAAUAAUUAAGAAUGUGUCAUAUUUUUAAACAUGAUAGUAGCACAGAUUUGCUUUGUUUCCUUUGGCAUAUCCCAAAGCUUCUUGACAAAUAUGAGGCAGUUUAACGGAGGCACAAGUGGUUGCUCAGAAAGUGUCAGGAGUCGUUAAUGCUGUUUUAAUAUGUUUCUUUCCUAUGGAAAAAGCAUAUACAUAUUGGCUGUUAUGCUGAUCCUAUUGACAUCAAGUGGCAUGAUCUGCUGUUUCUCAGUGAGCUACUUAACAGUCCAGAUGGAGAGGGAAUAUUCUUCAUUUUGUAACACUUUUGGCAAUAGGGAAAAGCAGACCCCACCCCCUUGACGUAUAAUGGAUUAGACAUAAAAUUCUGCUAAAAGUAUCUGAGUGUUUUAGAGGCAAAUAAGGCAUAGCACAGGAGUGAAUGGGGGACGCAUACUUAGCAAUCUCCUUUCUUAUCCAUGAACAUUUUGCUAAAGUUCUAAAAUGAAAAUUGAAAAAUUUAGCCUCUUCAUUCUAAAGAGGGGAUGUUCAGCUGCUAGAGUAGUCUGGACCUAGGCAGCCUUCAAAAGAAAAGUUUCUUAAUAACAGGGGUAUUUCUAUAUUUUCAGGCAAGCAAAGGAGAUUUUAUAUAGGUUUUUCCCUAGGCUGCCCUUUCUCUGAUGUGCAUCAAGUAUCUUUUCUUCCCUUGCAAUUUCAGAAAUGAAAUAGUAUUUUUAAAAAAAUACUUUAAUUUGCCUGAUGCCUGCAAAUUACACUUCCUACAGUCAGUUGACUGUCCCAACUGUUCUCAAACAGAUUCAAAAACAGAAGCCUGUCCAUACAUAUUUACAUGAUGGAAAUAAUUAUUUACCUAUAAUCUUCACACUUUGUUUUAGUUUGCAGUAAAGUUAUUAAUUUAAAUCUGUUUUAGUUCUGCUGGGCUACUUUGCAGUUUUGUCUGCUUAAUGGAACAAAACAGUUGAGUUAUGAUAGGUGAACAAUAUGAUAUAUUAGUUUGUAAUGGUAUGUACCAGCAUUACCAGAUUAGAUGGUGGAAUUUAUACAGACUAUAAACAAAAACUGCCCCAGAGGUGGAAAUCUUAGUGUAAUAGAGACUUAUUUUCUAUUCAUGCCUCGCAUCAGCAACUUGAUUCUUCAUAUUAGGACCAAAAGACGUAAAAAUAGAGACUGCAGUGAGAAAUAUUAAAGUUCUUGGUAUAUUGUUUGGAUGGACAACUAACAGAGAGAUAGUACCAGGAUGUAUUGGAGGAAAGGAAUUGGGAUUCAGUUAAAUCUGAUCUUCUGGGGUUGGAAGAAUGGAGAUGGGGGCAUGUGGCCUCUGACUCUUUACCUAGCUGUACAGCUCUAUGGUGUAUUACUUUGUUCAUCUCCUUAGUAAAUAUUUUACAGAAUACCUAGUCCUGAGUUGAAGUUUAGUAAAAUUAGUAAGCUUCCUGCAGACAUCUAAAAUUAUGCAAAUACAGAUUAAUUUAUUAUAAUUUAUUAGUAUUAAAACUUAUCGCUCUUUGAUACCAGAAAAGGAAAAGUUAUUAGCCAUUAUAGCAAAUUUUCUUGUGAGAGAUCUAAAUUUGAUUUGGUUCUGUACCAGUAACAUAUUCUAGCAUGAAAAUAUACCGAUAUUCAGGUAGUAUUCUAAAAACAUCUCAAGAACUUCUUAGUCUGAUCACGACAUCUGUUUUUAUUAAUUCAUUUUUCAAACCCCCGGAAAACCAAAUUUUGUCCCCUCUAUUAGCUUAUAAAAAUCUGAUUUAAGUAUCUCCUCUUCCACUCUUAACAUUUUUGACAUGCCAUGUCAGCCUCUAAUGUACCUUACAUUUGGUGCUACACUCAUCUGACUCUUACAGACUUGAUAGAAAAAUGUAUAAUAAUCUUCACUGUCCAUUAAAGUGCUUGUCUGACCUGAUUUUUAACUAAAAAGAAGCAAACAGAAAAGGGACUUUCAGCACUUUUACUGUUUCAAUUCUAAUUACAAUUUAUCUGGUCUUCAUAUCUGGGUACUGUAAAAGUUUUAGUCCACAAAUGAUUGAUUGUUUCAGGUCAGAUAAUUUCUGUUGAUGGUAAACUUUCAGUUUAUCUUAUAGCAUAAUUAAGUCAGUUUUAUAAUGUUCAGGCAGCUUCUGGGAGUACACACUUGAUAUUUUAAGUAAACAUUUCAGUAAACAUUUCAGGGCUUUAAGAAUUGGGAUCUCAAUGGGGGAAGGCUAGGUGAAGUUUCCCAGAUGAAGAAUAGUUUUAGACCAUUGUGUAGUGCUCAGUUUGAAAGUAUAUCACUAGGGAAAUGGGUAGGGAUUUUCUCUCUCCCUUUUGUCUUCAGGGAAUGAGCAGUAUUUAGAAUCUUUGGCUGAAAUUCAAGCCUUUUUACCAUGUAAAUUUUAAUAUAAAUUCACUGACAUGCUUUUUACAUCAGAGGACUGAAAAUGGAUCUUAAUGUUUAAGUUGUUGAAUGGUAUAUUUCUUAAAUGAAGGGGGAAAUUAAAAAAAACUAACUAGAUUAGCAUACCAGCAUUAGUGAUCUUAAGGGAUUUUAGUAUGUAAUAGGAAAGUCUUUGAUUAAAAAACUAAUCUUGAAUUGCUAGUCUGUAAUGAGGUGCAUACUAUGUAAACAAGUGAAGCUUCUUUACUUGUUGAGAGAGGGUACAUGGCGGCUGUCAUAUGCCCUAGCAUCAGAAGAACAUUACAGACUGCAACCUCUCUUAAGUCCCAUUUGGUGGUGAUAUCCAUGGGAUUUUUGCUUACAGCAGCUUACUGCUGCUUAAACAUGUAUAAAUAUGUUUGAGUGUUUGCUCAUAACUCUUUCUAACCUCCACUUGUUAAAUUGUCAAAUGUUGGUAUUUUAUCAGUCCGCAGUGUAAGUUAUAAACUAAUGUGCUUAGGAUUCCAGCUUGUACACACACUGUUUGAAAACCCUCAGGGACAGUUUACACACUACCCUCACUCAAUUCAGGUACUUGUACACUAUUCUUAAACCUAGCAGUGACUUGUAUUUUAUUUUUGUUUUUCUUUUGAUGUGCUAAUAGCACAUCCUUGAUGAAUGUCAAUUUAACUCAGUUCAGGUAUCCAGGUAUAACUCAGCCAAACGGAUUUUAAAGCUGCAUAUUACUCUCCAGCACGCAGUGCCUCAGACACGUAGUGGCAUUCUAUAUAUUCAGUUAUUACUACUGAGCAAGAUCGCAUGGGGGUUCCUGAUAAUUAUGUAUUGUAAGAAAUUUCUAUAUAUAGUAUGUGUAUUAUGUUAUAUACAUAUAUAUUAUAUAUGUAAUCUUAAAAGUAUAUAUUUAAAAAUGCCACUACCAAGCCAGCACAGCUAUUAUCAGAUACAUUCCUGGCUGUCUCUGUAAGUGAAGCAGGGACAGCUUCUCAGUAUGGCUGUGGUUUCUCCUUCAUCCCAGGUACUUCUAAACUUGAGCACUGGCCCUUGGGUGUCUGACCUCUACAUUCUAGUUAUGCAAUGUCUCUAGGAAUUCUGUGCACUGGCCACUGUGAUGGAAGCCAAUGGGCCAGGUGGGCUUGAGUUUAUUAGUAACCCUUCUGCCAAAGUUAGUGUUUUAUGGCAAGAGUGUAAACUUUUCAAAUAAUCAGCAGCAGCACAUAUAUUAUGGGAGCAAAUGAGCACUCCUGUAUUAUGACCCUUUUUAGGUGUCUCGCCUCUUGUGCCAUGCACUAAUUUAUGAAUGUGUUGGCAUUUUACACCUGUACUCGUGGGUCUGCUUGUUGAACACUAAAGAGUAUGUGUGCAACACAUCAAAAUAAAGCCUGCUGCUCGCGCUGGCAUUAAUUUCACUGUAAUUUUGGAUCAGCCAUGACUGCUUUAUUAUUUGAUGCUUUACACCUUAGAAAGUUCUAUUUAUGUAAAGUAUGGAAAAUGGCAUUUUUUCACAGACCUCUAAAAAUACAAGUGUCAUGGGAAAAUAAACCAGGAACCCCCUUUUUAAUCUAUGGACCUCAUUUCAAUAUACUGUUUACAGUUUGACGGAAUUGUAUAAUUUAAUAUUUCUCUUGUACUGUAGUUUGUAUUUAUUUACAGAUUUUUUUUGUACUGUGUGAUUUGAACUUUUUUGUUCCUUGCUAUGAUCAACAUUUUAUGUAGUAGAGCACUUAUGAUCACAAAUUAAGGUUUUUGGUUUGAUUGCACUACAUUUAAUUUUUAAUGCAGUUCUGAUUUUUUGACUGGACUUAAUAAGCUGUGUCUUAAUGUAUGUGAUAAGUACUUAUGAAUUUUUAAUUCACGUGGUCCACUCUUUUUUCUUUUCUUUUUGCAUUGUAUGUCAAAAGCGCCGAUUCUCUCGUUGUGCAUGUGUAAGGGUUUAACAGCCCUGUUGUAUUGUUUGGCCAUGUCAUUUUGGAAACACAUUCCCAACUGUAACGUGUAUGGUAGUUUUCACUGGAUGCUAGACUUUUCAGAACCACUAUUCUUCUAAUAAAUUUUGUUGUGAAAACUUGAA